AUGAUUUCCUUCCUUGAUGAUGAAAACUCCCACAUACAUGCCAUACUUACCAAUGACAACCUAAUCGAUGGCACCAUUGAAACACCCACUGAACAAUAUUAUAUAGAACCAUCACACCGCUAUUCAUCGGAUCUGCAUGAAUCGGGUGUGCACACGAUUAUCUAUAAGUUAAGCGAUGUAGAUCAGCCAUCAAAAUCAUCAAAGGCCGAACACUGUGCCAGUGAGCGACUCAAACGUAGUAUGUUAAUGGAUGACCUGAAACGAAGAAAGAUCAAUGAAAAUGGAGAUGAAGAGUUGAGAGGAGGCUUUGGUGGUAAUUUGAAUUCACAAACAAAAGAACGUGUCAAAAGAUGGCUGCCAGAAGAGCUGGCUUCAUCUGGUGAUGGCCAUAAAAACGACCCACCGUUGCCUUUGGAUUUAGAUGUUCCCUACAAUGAUGACUACAGUAUUUACCAUAAUGCGGAUACAAAUUCCGAAUCCACUUCAACCGGCGCUACAUUAGCGAAUACCAAUAGAGAACAACAGCGUAAAACGCAACAAGCAUCUGUGAUAACGUGGCGUAAUGCUGGCCAGCAGCAACAGACAAAGGUGUCAGAUACGUCAGCCAACACUCCACCGCCACCAUUUACACCCUCCUCCUCGGCCUCAUCAUCGUCGACGAAAUAUAAUCGCAACCGCAACAUAAUUGUUAGUAAUUAUAAUCCUAACAAUAAUAACAACAACAACAAUGGAGACAUUUCAUACAACAACAAUAAUGUCAGGAAAACCUAUACCAAACAUAAAAAUAUCAUUGUCAGCACCUACAACAAUCGUUCAUCAUCAGCGUAUGACGAUUUCAAUGACAACAAUGGCGGCGGAGGAUUCUUUAACAACAAUUGGACCACAAUUGUUAUGGGUAAUGAUCGGCCCAUACACAAGACCCAUGUUGAGAUAAUAACGAAAAAUGGUGCCACCAAAAAACCCAAUAUCAUUGUUAAUAAUUAUAAUCCGGAAAUAAUGAUGGCACCUAACCCUCACAAUCCGAAUUUCAAUAGCAUGCUGAUGACCAGCCUGCUAAGCAAUCGUGGUGGAGAUUAUGGUGAUUCGCCGAGUAGUGUGAAGUCAUUGUAUGAUCGGAAAAUAACAUGUAUGUUGUAUCUGCAAGCCGAUCAUACAUUUUUCCAGAAAAUGGGUUCCGAUGAAGCGAGUAUAGAGGCGAUAACGCGACAUGUUCAGCGUGCCAAUUCGAUUUAUAAAAAUACGGACUUUAACAAUGACGGUAAACCCGAUAACAUCACAUUCAUGAUAAAACGCAUUAAAGUCCACAACAUGAAUGCCAUCAAGGAUCCAUCAUAUCGAUUUCCUGGAAAUUAUGGCGUUGAGAAAUUUUUGGAAUUGUUUUCAGAGGAGGAUUACGAUGCUUUCUGUUUGGCUUAUAUGUUCACCUAUCGGGAUUUUGAAAUGGGCACACUGGGUUUAGCCUGGACGGGCGAUUUGAAGAAUGCCGGCGGUGUGUGUGAAAAGAAUGGGCAUUAUCGUGGUUCCUUAAAAUCUCUGAAUACGGGUAUUGUUACUCUACUGAAUUAUGGUAAACAUGUUCCACCUGCCGUUUCCCACGUAACACUGGCCCAUGAAAUUGGUCAUAAUUUUGGUUCACCGCACGAUCCCGAACAGUGCACCCCGGGCGGUGAGGAUGGCAAUUUUAUUAUGUUCGCCCGUGCCACAUCGGGAGACAAGAAGAAUAACAACAAAUUCUCUCCCUGCUCACUGAAGUCCAUUGAACCGGUUCUAAAUGCCAAAGCUCGUAGUACCAAAGGCUGCUUUACCGAACCGCAGUCGUCGAUUUGUGGCAAUGGCGUUGUAGAACCAGGUGAACAAUGCGACUGUGGUUGGGAAGAGGAUUGUAAAGAUUCUUGUUGCUUUCCCAUGUCACGCCAUCCGCGUAACGAUGAGAAACCCUGCACGCUGACACCGAAGGCAAUGUGCAGCCCCUCACAAGGUCCCUGCUGUACGGGUGAUUGUAAACUGAAAUAUGGUGAUAAGUGUCGCGAUGAUAAUGGUUGUCGGGAUCCCAGUUUCUGUGAUGGUCAUAUGCCACAGUGUCCGCCGUCGGUUAAUAAGCCGAAUAAGACUAUUUGUAAUAAGGAAUUCGUUUGCUAUAUGGGUGAAUGUACGGGUAGUAUUUGUUUGGCCUACGGCUUGGAAUCGUGUCAAUGUAUACCUGGUCCGAAAGAUGAUAAAAUUAAAUCGUGUGAGCUGUGCUGUAAGCUUCCCGGGGAAGAUAAUCCAUGUCGCAGUUCGUUUGAAUGGAAUGAACCACCAUUUGAUGUACCAGAUAUGUAUGCCAAACCUGGAACACCCUGUAAUGAUUAUAAUGGUUACUGUGAUGUCUUCCAAAAAUGUCGUGAAGUUGAUCCAUCUGGUCCUUUGGCAACAUUACGAAAAUUGUUGCUGUCCGAGGAAAGCAUUGCCACAUUCAAAAAAUGGAUACAACAAAAUUGGUAUACCGUGGCCCUGGCCGUUGUCGGUGUAUUUGUGCUGCUGAUCCUGAGCACGAAACUGCUAACGAAACGAUCAAAUCUAAAACUAAAAUCGGUAACAAUAAUACACAGCGCCACCACCGAAACCGUACGGCUGCCGGACGACAACAACGGCGUAAUCGUUCACACGGCCGUACGAACAAAAGUUCCAUUCAAAAAGAAAGUCAGAGGCGAGCGAACAGCAGCCAAUGGUAGUGGGGGUAAGACGAACAAAACAUCAGCGGCCGCAGCAACAACAGGAGCGGCGGCAGCAGGCGGCGGAGGAGGUGUUACAAAGGCAAGUAAGGCAAUUACAAAAAUAUCACAUGGUCAUGGACGGAUUACAAAAGUGGCGGCGGCAGCAGCAACUACCAGCUCUGCGGCUGCUGCAGGGGUAACAACAACGGUGGCUACAACGGCUGAUGCCAAGAAACCACCGCGUGGCAAAAAGAAUCGUAUUUCUGGUAGUAGUCAAAGUAAAACUGCACAAAAUGUCAUCAAUGCUGUGGUCAGCGCCGAGAAGGCAGCCACUGCUGCUGAAAAUCUAAAGAAAUCGAAAAAGAAGAAGCACAGCAAGGAGAUCAUAGAUUAUUCCACACGCACCACAAGUGGUCUGGGUUCGGUAAAUAAUCACACAAACACCUUUGGUAAGGUACAAAAAUGGCUACUUGAAUCACCGAUUGUGGCCCAGCCCCUCUCUCACAUUGAACACUCAUCCAAGGUCAAGAAUGUCAUGAGCAAAUCUCAAAGUACACCCGAGAGAUUGGUCCAGAAAACCCCCACCAAGAGUAAGAGUAUGGGUAACCUGUCCAAUGAAAAGGUUAAAUUGCAGGUGGUCUACAAGCCUCCGUUCAAAUUUGCUUUGCGUCUUUCGAAGAACACCAAGGUUAAGACCCAUGUCAUUGGUAAUCCGGCAAAUACGAAAUUCAAGCGCCACUCUCGUACGGAUAAUAAGAGAGCCAGUGGUACCCAUCAAAUGGAUGGUGGCACAACGGCUGGAGGUAGUGGAGGCAGCGGUGGUGGUGCUGCUAGAUCUUUGGGAGAGAAAACUAAGCGGGCCGCUUUGUUGCUACGCUCCAACAAUGAUGAGGACAAUCAAAUUUUAACCCUGAAUGAACCCAACUAUGAAACCCUUAACCCCAAAACAGCCCCCUCCCGUGUAGAGAAUCCCUUCUAUGAGAAUCUGAAAUUCAUACAAACCAACGAGAAACGUCUCAGUGACCCGGCCGUAAAUUCGGCGGAACGUUCAUCCAACAGCAACAGCGCCUCCUCCAGCAUGGUCAAGCGUUCGACUAGCAAAUCCAACUUAGAUAGCCAACCCUCCACUUCUUCACACAAUCAACAGCAACAACAACAUUUUCAGAGAUCAUCCAGCUCCAGUAAUCCCUUUGCUGUGGACAACCAGCGUUCAUCGCGCAAACUCAGUGAUAGCAAUGCUGAUAAUUUGAGUCGCAACUUCGGCAGCACUCAAAAUCUUAUAAAUAAUAGUCAAAAUAAUUUAAGCAAAACCAAGAAACGCAGUAGUCUUAACCUCAAGUCUAGUGUGGCCAAGAAUGGCAAAGAUCCACCUGCUGGCCUACAGCCGGCCAAACGUAGCAAUUCAAAUAUGAAUCUGAGAAGAGAGUCCAUGGACAACCCCAAGCUGACACAGGUCGGCAGUAAGAGUGUAGUGAGUGUCCAACAACAGCAGAGUCACGGCGCUGGUCCAGUGCCACUGAGGCGCAGCAUAAGCUCCACACCUGCCCACACUAAUCAAAUGCUGCAGCCACCGGGCAAUGUCUUGGCCAAAUCAUCUUCCUCCUCGUCGACUCCAGCUGCCUGCAUAGCUGGCACCGCCACCACCACAUCCCAGCAACUGCCAUCAUAUAAUGCUCAACGUUCGUCGCGAGCUAGUUUUAGUAAUAUACCAAGAGCUAGUCUUAGUUUGCUUAAUACGUCGGCGGCAGCAGCAGCUGGUGGCAAUACGGCCUCAAUAGCCUCCUCCUCGACCUGCUCCUCCGCGAGUGCGGGCAGCAGUCAUUCUCCGGCCAAUCUAAACAAUAGUUUUAAUUUUAAUCCAGCCAUAAUAACACAAGCCGAACAUAGGCGCAGCCGCACAAGCUUGCCACCACCACCGGUAGUCAAUGCCCCGCUACCGCCCGGGCAUCAACGUUCCAAUUCUGUGAGACAACACACCCACAACUAUCAUCCACCGCCACUGCCUGCUGCGGCCUUGACGUCCGCUUCCAACUCUGCGUCCUCCUCAUCCAAUUCAAGUUCUGCGAAUAUAACCAGCCACCAUAAUGCGAAAACGCAUGCCACAGAAUUGACUUCAGAUUUGGAGGUUAUGGUCUCCGACAUCGAGAAUUUGGUUAGUUAGUCAAAAAUGUAUGGAGUUCGUCAAAAGAUGCGUUCGUUAAAGGAACGCAUGAAUGCCUACAUACAAGACGGAC